GGGGGGGGAAGAGAAAACAACUCAUCCCGAACAAAACACCCUGUUUCUCUCUUGUCUCUCGCUGCAGAUGUUUCCAGCUCCUCAUGUUCUCCUGUCAGACCCAGGGGGAGAAUCAACCGUCUCCUAAUUUUAACCAGUACGUGAGGGACCAGGGUGCCAUGACCGACCAGCUGAGCCGACGGCAGAUCAGGGAGUACCAGCUCUACAGCCGGACCAGCGGCAAGCAUGUCCAGGUGAAUGGCAAAAGGAUCACCGCCACUGCAGAGGAUGGCAACAAGUUCGCCAAGCUUAUUGUGGAGACAGACACCUUUGGGAGCCGUGUCCGCAUCAAGGGAGCUGAGAGCAAGAAGUACAUUUGCAUGAGCAAGAGGGGCAAGCUCAUCGGGAAACCCAACGGCAAGAGCAAGGACUGCAUCUUCACGGAGAUUGUUCUGGAGAACAACUACACAGCUUUCCGAAACGCCCGCUACGAGGGCUGGUACAUGGCCUUCACCCGCAAAGGGCGGCCCCGCAAAGCCUCCCGCAGCCGACAGAACCAGCGUGAAGCCCACUUCAUCAAGCGCCUCUACCGUGGGCAGCUGCCUUUCCCCAACAAUGCCGAGCAGCAGAAGCAAUUUGAGUUCGUCAGCUCGUCCUCCCCGACGCGCAGAACCCGACGCACCCACGCCCCUCGCCCACGCACGUAAUGCCCAGACUCCCCCCUGACCUCCUUCAGCCUCAGCAGACUCUGCCCCUUCUCCUGGCACCUUCCAGCACUGUUUCUUCCACUCUUCUUUCUCUAAAGAUGCUCCAUUUUUAUACUCCUGCUGGGGACACACGCUUUGGUGGGGUCCCUUCAUCCCUGGAGCAUCCUGUGGUACCCACAUUCACCUCUGCUCCUCUUUGCAACCCCUCGGAGACUCAUCCCUGUGCCACCGAGGGCUGUGACCUCUGGCCACGUUCCCAUCCUCAUAGACAUCCCCAUCCUUGCAGACACCUCUCGGUGCCGGAUGGGACUGGCUGUGAGACUGCAGGAUGGUCCCUACAGAGCACAAUGGAGAGCCUGUCCACAGCCCCGUGCCAGUGGGUUGCUCUGCCCAUCCUUGUGAGGGGAGAGCCAGGUGAUGGAGAGUGGGGGCUGCUGGUCUGUCCGUCUCUCUGUGCUGCUCCAGUGGGGAGGCAGGGGAUGUCUGGGCAUGCAAGCGCCUGAAUCAGGACUUGUAUCCCUGCAGCAGUGGGAUCUCCAUUAUUUAUUGGAGGGGAAGGUCUGUGCCCUGCCCCCGGUGGCACUGGGGCGCUGGCAGUGUGGGGAUACGCGUCGGUGCCCACCAGGAUCCCCUGGCCAAAGAGAAACUGCCUUUAAGUGACUUUUAUUGGUUUUGAUUGCUUGUUUGUG